UCUUACUUUCUUCCAAAAUCUUGAUCUUGUCAAAUAAUAUAUAUUCAAUUUGGAUUUUUAGUAUGAUUUCUGGUCGUUGUGCAGCUUGUAAGUAUUUAAGAAGAAGAUGCCCUUCCGAUUGUAUUUUUUCCCCUUUCUUUCCUUCCAAUAAUCCUCAAAGAUUCACCAUUGUUCAUCGAAUUUAUGGUGCUAGUAAUGUUGCUAAAUUCCUCCAUCAACUUCCUACACAUUUAAGAGCAGAAGCAGCAGAAACUUUAAUUUUUGAGGCAAAAUGCAGAAUUGAAGAUCCAGUUUAUGGAUGUGUAGGGAUUAUUUCCCAAUUACAACAUGAAUUACACGUGGCAGAAACCCAGUUGGCCAAAACUCGGGCUGAGAUUGCUUGUGUGGCUUCCAAUGUCCAAGAACAGCCUCAACCCCAAGAUUUUGCAUUUGAGCCCAUCCAAGGCCCAAAUUCUGUUGGGUUCUCUCAAAUUGGGCUUUCCACUCCGGCCCAUUGUUUUAAUUCCACCUUUUUUCUAAAUUCAUAACACGUUGUAAACAUGACUUCUACAAAAAGAAAAUGUCCCUUUUCCUUUCAUUUUCACUUUCACUUUUUUCUUUUAACUUUUUUAUAUAUUGAUUUUUUUAAAUAAAAAAAAGU